AUGUCGGUUUUAGUUGAUGGGAGCCCCACAAAGGAAUUUUUGGUUUCGCGUGGUUUGAGACAAGGCGAUCCUUUGUCCCCAUUUCUUUUUGUUUUGGUGGCGGAAGGAUUAGCGGGCCUUGUGAGAAAGUCCAUUGAUAUCGGUGAAUUUCAAAGCUUUGAUAUUAGAGGUUCUUGUAAAGUGGAGUUGCUACAAUUUGCGGACGAUACUUUGAUUGUGGGGGAUGGGAGUUGGAAGCAUGCAUGGGCGAUAAAAGCGGUUCUUCGGGCUUUUGAAGUGGUUUCGGGCUUAGGAAUUAAUUAUCACAAAAGCAAAUUGAUUGGUAUUAAUUUUAAUAGUUUUUUCUUGGAGGCGGCAUCUCAUUUGUUUUCAUGUAGGAGAGAAGAUAGCAACUUCUAUUUUCUUGGCAUUCCCAUCGGAUUCAAUCCUAGGAAGGAAUCCACUUGGAAUCCUCUUGUGCUCAAGAUGAAGAAGCGUUUGGAAGGAUGGACAAACCGCUUUUUGAAUUUGGGAGCUACAAAGGUUUUGUGUGUUGAUAAAAGCUCUAAUUUUUCUUCUACCUGUUCCUAUUGGUGGAAGGAUAUUUUAAAGAUUGGUGGUUGUUUUUUGUUGGAUCCCUUGGUUGAGAAUUGUAGGUUUACCAUUCAUGAUGGUUUUAAAACUCCUUUUUGGGAAGCUAAGUGGUUGGAUAAUAUGGUGUUGAAAGAGUUUUUUCCGGAUUUAUUUAAAGUUUCGUGUUUGAAAAAUGUUUCGGUGGCGGCUAUGGGAGGAUGGAGAGAGGGAAGAUGGAAUUGGAGUAAUCUUGGUAUUCUUAAUGUUAUCGUGGAGUGUAGCGGGUUAACGGAGAUUUUUUGUGCUUUAAAGGAUAGGUUGUAG